UGAACCAACUUUAAACAAACAAAAACAAAAACAAAAAACAAUUACAAAUAAUAAGCAAAAAAGAACACCUGUGUAACACAACAGACACACACAGUUAGCUAGUAAGAGGCGCCGCGCCGCUCCGCGCCGCCCCGUUCCAUCGGAAAUCAAACUCAAAUCGUUCAAAGGUAUUUCCACUACCCAAAGGAAAGCCCGAACCCCAUAAGACAAUUUAUUAGCAGAAGCAACAGUAGGAAACAGUAUAGACAGCAGCAGCGCAGGGCAGGGCAGGGCUUAUACCUUAUAGAGAACAUAUAGAAAUUAAGUUGAAUGUAAAUUAGAAUCUAAAUGCAGGCAACCAUUACUGGCAGACAGUAAUUCAACUAAAAGCAAACUGUGAGACCGAGACCGAGACCUAAAAGCCUAAAAUUGAAGAACAAACGAAAAAGGAAAGAAUUCUGUAGCAAGUGAAAAGCGUGGAAUACAAAAUAGAGGAACGGAGGAGCAGAGCAGCCUCAAGCAUAACCAUAUCCAUCCCCUAAGCACUGUAAAUAGCCAAUAUACAAAUAGAUAAAACGACACAAUGAACGCGCGCUCGCAGGUGUUCGAUCUGACUAUGGAGGGCCUGCAGGUGGACGAGGCGGUGACCACCAUCUUCCAGACAGUACUCUUCCAUCGUUGCCUGGGAAAGUUUAUGUACACGGGCGACGCCCAGUACUCGAUCGGCACCGUCGGCUACACGGAUGUCGACUGCAACUUCAUCGACUUCACCUAUGUGUGCUGCACCUCCGACAGCCUCACGCACAAGGUGAAGCGCGCCAUCAACUUGUUCAGCGAAAAGUUGCGCUCCAACGAGAGCUGCGGCUCGGGGCAGAUAAGCUUGGAGUUCUUUCAAAAGAAGAAGAACCGCUGGCCAUUCCCGCAGGAGUCCAUCCCGUGGGAGGUGUGGACGGUGCACCUCGAUCUGAUCAAGCACGAGAACGAGGACGAGCGGCAGCUGUGCCGCGAGAAUGUCUCUGAUCUCCUGACCGAAAAAGUCAUAUACAUUACCGAGCUGAUGAAUCGGCACGACUAUGUGCCCAAGACACCCAGCCAGAGCGAGCUGGACCUGAUCUUCGACACAUCCUUCCCCGAUGUCCAGCCGUAUUUGUUUAAGUUCGAUUACUCCACCUCUGGCUCGGCGGCUCCCUCCAUGGGCAAUGCCAUGAAAAAGAUCAUCAAGGAGACGCUCGCAAUGUGACUGGCUAAAGCUAAACGAGCCCCAAUCGAAUCGUUUUACGUUUGCGUUUACGUUUACGCUUACGUUUACUUACUGUAGAAAUACCAAAACAAAACAAGUGAGCGCGAAAUUCCAUUCCGCUACCAAGAGUUGGGCCGGCCUACCUCCCCAAGCCCAAAAUUCAAAAUUUAAAAAUUUUGCUAUCAUUAUUUUCCUGCUUUUGGGCAACAGUUUGUGCAGCAUAUUUCGAUCCGAUCCGAGCCAUUUGUAAUGGUGAUAAUGAUAAUCCGAGUACGAAGUAGUUAAAUAUUUAUUGUGUGCCCCCGCACCCCCGUUCCCAUGCUGAGCUUGAAUCUAGUAUGUAAAGGGCGGAGUCCGCCUGGAAGUUCGCUUUGUUACUACUUUUAGUUGUUAUUGAUGGAUUUUGUUAGUGCAGAUGUGAGCCUUGUGCGGUGUAGUGCCAGAAAUUGCAAUAUCCAUAUGUAGAUUCGAUUCGGUUUAUCUGCUAGUUGGUACAGUUGCAGGAGAGAGGAGGUGGGUACACUGCGUGACCUAUAGAAGAAGCCUCUGUGCAGCUUUUUAGUUCAUAUAACAUGGGGGAGUCCGCCCCGAACAUAUAUAAAGUUUCGCUUUGCUGUUUGUAUUUACAAUCAUUAAAUGGUUACAUCAGAAGAGUUAGAGCUAGAGCUAGAGCUAGAGAUAGUCGUAGGUCCCCUUAGAAAAUGUUCGUUUAAAUGUGUUCCAUGCAAAAGAGUAGGACGGAUAGAGAGAGAAUGAGUGAGUGAGAGCGAGCGAGAUGUAUAGGAAGUGAUGUGGAUAUGGUCAUGUGUGAUUUGUGGUUCUAUUUUUCUUUAAACACUUCAAGCCUUGGUUAGAACGAAAACAGAACCGAAACAGCUACAGCUACAGCUACAGAAUAUUACUCAUUGAUGGACCAAGCGUAAAAGUAAAAGUGAAAGUAAAAGAUACAUAAGUUUUGAUCAGUAAUUCUAUCGAUAAAUCUGCAUUAGAUGAUCCCCCGGCUAAUUUAACAAUUAAACUUAGGCUAAACUCAUUAGUGGGCCAAACACCCCACCAAAUCAAUCAAUCAAACGGCCCACGCGUCCCCAAAAGCUACAAAAGCUACAAAAGCUUAACUUGAGCACCCCUAGCAACUAAGUAUCUAAGUAUCAAUGUAUCUGUGUGCGUAUGUACAUUUAUUGUAAGUGUGGAUUCGGUGCGGCAUAUUCCAUUCGAUUAGCUUGAACUAACGUGUUACUUAAUACCUUACCUUACCUUACC